AUGAACCUGUUGAGCGACCACCAACCGAUGAGGGCGAGCCUUCAGGUCGCCCCAUUAAGUAUUCAGAAGCUUUUGCCGAACUCGAAUACGGAACAAGCUCCUUACGAUGAGCAGAACCAAGCAGCAACCACGAACGAUCUAUAUACACAGUCCCAGAUGACGCCCCCGACGACGCCGAACUCCUCCCGGGAGGACCUUGUGGCCGAGACGACAUAUCCGGUCCCUCCUGUCUUCCACAACUUCCUCCGCGCCUUCUACCCGUUCCAUCCGAGCUAUGCCAUGAGUGACUCGAGCGUUACGCUUCCCUUGAAUGAAGGCGAUGUCAUCUUGGUACAUUCCAUACAUACCAAUGGCUGGGCUGAUGGCACCUUGCUUAUUAGUGGUGCGAGGGGUUGGCUGCCCACCAACUACUGCGAAUCCUACGACCCGGAGGAGAUGCGGAACCUUCUCAAGGCCCUCUUGAACUUCUGGGACUUGCUCCGCAGCACGGAUGUGAAUGACAACGAGAUAUUUGGCAACCAAGAAUUCAUGAAGGGCAUCAUUGCUGGCGUUCGGUAUCUCCUGGAACGGACACAUUCACUCACAAGAGAGGCGGCUAUCAUUCUCCGGAACGAAGGUCUAAGGAGAGGCAGGAAGUCGCUGCUAGCGGAACUAUCAUCUCUCGUAAAGACAGCGAAGCGUUUACAAGAAUGCCAGGGAGACCCGCUAACGACAGCGGAUGAUGUCAACAACCUAGUCGACGAGAUGAUAUUGAAAGCCUUCCGAAUCGUCACGAAGGGGGUGAGGUUCUUAGACAUUUUCGAGGAUGAUCGGCGGAUGAGACUCCCCACCAUGUCCAUCAUGGCGACAGUCAUUGAGGAGUCGCUGAUUCCUCCUACGCCCCCGGCCGACCAGGUCGCAUUUGACAACACCAGCGAAGCCGUGGCGACCGAGGAUGGCGCGUCCGUUACUGCGAGCACUGAGGCUCAGCCUGAUUCCACCCCUCAACCUGGUCUCCUGGACCCUUCCCAGGCAGUCGUCGGCAAGCGCACGUCCUCCUUGUUCUCACCUACUAGCACAGCAUCCCAUCGCCUAUCCCAAGGCAACCUCUCUGCCACCAAUCGUCUCUCCGCAAACAUCUCUCACAGGCUAUCUUUGUCUGGAUAUUCGCCUGUUACACGACCUCAGCAUCUAGUAUCCGAACAACUUAGCAAGACACACGAUACCCUUCUCUCUCAACUGGGCUCCUUUAUUGGACGUCUCCAUCUGCAAUCACAGUCUAAGGCGGAACUAGUCCGUGCUAUCAAGACCUCCGCGGCUUCCGGUGGCGAGCUCCUCGCCGUAGUCGACGUGAUUUGUGCCCACGACGCCAUAAGCGGCGAGAUGGUUGCUCCCAUUCGUGCUGGUCUAUUUGCCCGCAUCCAAGAACUAAUCCAAGCGGGUCAGGAUAUCAUUCUCCAGGCGGCCACCGAUGAUACCGAUAUCAUUAUGCCUGAGCAGACGACCAUGCUCUCCGCGGCUGCCACCGGCUGUGUCAAGGCAGCGGGUGAGUGCGUCGAGAGGACCAAUUCGGUCAUUGCCAGGAUCGGCGAUUUCGAAUGUGAAUUGGACGGCCAGACCGCGGGUAUUGACGUUAGCAUGCUAGACGCUAUUCCGGAGGAGCGUGAACGGGCACCCUCGGUGUCCCAGUCUGUGACACCUUCUCUCGUGGAUACCAUCGGCUCUGAUUCCGACACCAUUGCCGACUCAACGGCCACCUCGGAGGCUGUUCCUUCGGAGGUUGUCGUCUCCUCUUUGGAGCCUACCGAGAAGGCCCUCCCAAGACUGAAUAUUCUCCCACUUGACAAGCCGCUGCCUGAAGUUCCAGUUACAGCGAGCCCAAUUGAUCAAGACUUCCUCACCCAACCCAUGGACCCUGCUGCAGCUUCCCGACCAUCCACUGCCGACGAUGACAACGUGUCGAGCCUCGUCUCUUCUGUCUCGUCGCUAAGACCAAGUCUUCCCCCUCUCCCGAAACUGGCGACCACUCUGCUUCCUACUGAAGACUAUUCCGCAGAGGAGCGGAGUGCGGAAACGGAAUUCCAACCCUCUCCACGCUACGACAGUAUGACCGCGUCGAGCGCCGGAAGCACUAGCACGUACAUGAGCCGGGAUUCGGAGUCCAGUAUCAUUUCCCGCACCUCCACCCGAGCGACCACGCCCGACCACACCGUCGGACCACGCAGCCAACCAUCUAUAUCCGAGCUCAGCACAGCUGACAGUGCUCAGCACGCGGACGAGGUUGAUGUUGAAUCCAAGCUUCUAGAGAAGACGUACGCCCACGAGCUCAUGUUCAACAAGGAAGGGCAAGUUACCGGCGGCACCCUUCCCGCCCUUGUAGAGAGGUUGACGACGCACGAGUCGACUCCCGACGCCUUGUUCGUGUCGACGUUCUACCUCACGUUCCGCCUAUUCUGCACACCCCGAGAGCUGGCCGAAGCGUUGAUCGAUCGAUUCGACUAUGUUGGCGAAGCCCCCCACAUGGCUGGACCCGUCCGUCUUCGUGUCUACAAUGUGUUCAAGGGUUGGCUCGAAUCUCACUGGAGGGACGAGACCGACCGCGAAGCUCUUGCCCUCAUCGUUCCCUUUACCGACCAGAAGCUCGGGUCUGUGAUUCCUUCAGCUGGCCGCCGCCUUGCCGAACUCGCCGACCGCGUUUCUAGUGAGGGCUCUCUCGUUCCCCGCCUCGUCUCGUCGAUGGGCAAGACCAACACGUCGAUUGCCCAGUACAUACCUGCGGACACGCCGCUACCUACGCCAAUCAUCUCGCGGAGCCAACUCAAUGCUCUCCACACUUGGAGGACAGGAGGGGCCAGCCCGUCCAUCCUUGACUUCGACCCUCUCGAACUGGCUCGUCAGCUAACCAUCAAGCAAAUGAACAUCUUUUGCAAUGUCAUGCCCGAGGAGCUUCUUGCAUCGCAGUGGAUGAAGAACGGCGGCGUCGACGCGCCCAAUGUCAAGGCCAUGUCGUCUUUGUCUACCGAUCUCUCUAACCUCGUUGCCGAAACGAUUCUUCAAUACUCGGAAGUUAAGAAACGAGCAGCCAUCAUUAAGCAGUGGAUCAAGAUUGCUCACCAGUGCUACGAACUCCACAACUACGAUGGUCUGAUGGCCAUCAUCUGCAGUCUCAACAGUAGCAUAAUCAGUCGCCUCCAAAAGACGUGGGAUGCCGUCUCUCCCAGACGCCGUGAGAUGCUCCGGACUCUUCAGGCUCUUGUCGAGCCAUCCCAAAACCACAAGCUACUCCGCGCCAGACUUCAUGACCACGUGCCUCCUUGCCUCCCCUUCCUCGGCAUGUAUCUCACUGAUCUUACCUUUGUCGACAUUGGCAAUGCUGCCACGAAGCAGCUCCAUGCCCUUGGCCAUGAAGGAGACGAGGAAGCUGGCGGCAUCACGGUUGUGAAUUUUGAUAAGCAUACCCGAACUGCCAAGAUUAUUAGCGAGCUUCAACGCUUCCAAAUACCAUACAGGCUCAGCGAGGUUCCCGAGAUCCAGGAAUGGAUGAGCGCCCAGAUCUCACGGGUUCGCCUGAAUGAUCCAGGCAAUGUCCAGGUAACAUACUACCGAAAGAGUCUACUCCUCGAGCCGCGGGAGCUCUCUUCUCGCGCCAACUCGGAUGCCGCCUCCACCCUCGGCAGCAUUUCAACAACGACCUCGCAACGCGGCGCCGACCUGUUCUCGUGGAUGUCCAGGGACCGUCAGCAGAACGGAUCUACUGCGACGCAUACUUAG